GGAAGAAUGUGACAUGUAGAUUUAAAGGAAGAAUUCAACUUUAAGAACAACAGCAAAAAGCGAGAAAAGUCCACGACUGUCAUUUAUCGGUGGUAUAGAUGGUUUUAUAAACAGAAUUACAGAAGAGAUGGAAGAGAAGAGAAAGAGAAACUGUGACUCAGAAUAAAAGGGAUGAACAGAAACAGUCAUCCCUCCUGGCGUGAGUGCUCGGCGUGAUUGAAAGUCCUCUAAUGCCAUCAAGAUGACCACAGGCGACCAGUUGCAAGCUCCACGCGUUUCCUCCACCUCCUCCCUGUUGCUUCUAAGAUGAAAAAUCUCCAGCAGGAACUGACCACUAUCAGUGAUCUGCAUUGGAGAAGACGGAGGCUUCCUCAUUCACAUCUUGGGAGUUUUUUGUCGAUGUCAUUUUGACAGUACCAUGGAAGAGUGCUGAAGUGCAAAUUUCCAGCUGGAUUCAUGUUCGUAUUAUGUUUAGUUCUUACUUUAAAACUUUUCUUUAAAUUCUCUCGGACACAGCAGUAGUAUUUAUUCGAUGCUGAUUGCAUGGGACUAUAGAAAAGUUUUGACCUCUGAAGACACAUGACCACAAUGUCCUGGCGGGCUGGAGAACAGAGUCAACUGUGUCAGGGGGUGAGCUCACCGCAUACUGGGGAGAGGGGGUAACUGGUCGCUCCAUCGCCGUGGACGGAUGGUGCAAACACACUGACACACUCAUAAGAGAAGAAGAAUAGAGGACAAGCUUUCAGGUACUAAUGCUAAGACUGACCAUCCUCUUAUGGUUUUGUGCGCUGCAGACUAAGUGUUAGUGUUUCAAAUUAAGACAUUUAGUUACUUGGCUACAACGUAUUCACACCAGGUCAUAAUCUCUCUCAGAAAUUACCAUAUAUACAUGAAGCAUCUCGGUGAUGACAGGAACUAAGGAUUCUCUUUAAGACAAGUUUAGCAUCUUUAUAGAAAACAAACAAACUCUCUCAGGCUGGACUCCAAGACCAGAUGUUCCACAGGAGGAGUAACUUAUGGCCAGAUGUUAAAGGACCUUCUUCUGAGUAUCAGCCACUAACCGCUAACUUCACUUAGACGUCAAGAAGAUCUAUCAGGCAUAGGGGACGACAAGAGCUCCUGCUAUUUCACCACGCUCUGUGGUUUCUAAGCAGCCUUUUAUUACUGCACUCUUCUUUCCAUUUUGGAACUUUCCUUCUGGUGUAAUUUUAAAGAGAAGUCAGCAUACGGUGGCUAAUCACUGAAGAAUGACUUAGUGCGAAACGUAAAGAGGUCUUACUGUACUUUCGAGUGGGUGGAGGGUCUGUUGAAAUGCUUGGCUGACUCAAACUUUGGCGCAAGGGUAAAUGGGAUAUGUCUGAUUUUCAGGGAUUCAUUUCUGCAGCUGCGUUUGAAAGCUAUGGUUUUGAAAUCUGCUUUUUGAAUCAUGUCGUGGGAGUUGUAAAUGAUCAUUAGUGUACAGACCAGUGUCUGUUUUUAUGCUUUCCGUUGGUCAUCGUAAUAAGGCUCUAUGGGAUAGCGGAGGAAUUUGGCCAUGCCUGUUGCCAUACGUAAGAGGGACUGGGAGGACCAUGUGACCCAGCGGUCAGGAAUACAGUACAGUUAUGAUGACCUGGAUUUGGUCUGCUGCCAUGCAGUCGUUGGGGACCGAAAGAACCCUUUCAGACGGCACGGUAGGGUCAGGUGUGCCUCAAUGCCUGAAUGUGGUCAUCACCAGAACCAGACUUUAGCCUUCCUUCAGAAUGACUUGGAAGAUAGUAAGAGAAGAAUUAAAAUAAAAAUGCGUAAUUUGGAAGAUGGAACUCCAUAUCAUUUUUUGAAGGACCAAACGGUGAUGCGUGAGGGAUGUACUGGCAACACACCAACUGAGAUGGCCAGGCAAAUGAAUGACCGAGAUAGUGAGUUACCUUCAGACAGUGUGGCAGAUCAAGAUGAAUCGAAACAUUCUUCUCUGAGAAAUUUGCAAGCUCAUGAUGAAGAUCAUUGUAAUAAGGAGCUAAACAAGGAUAAAGUAUCUGCUUUCCAAGGACUGACACUUUUGGCGCUUCCGACCACAGUACUGGCCCAAAAAGAGGAAGCGAGUGAUUUAUCAAAUGUGUCAAAGACUAAGAGCAAUAUCUUCUUUAACAACUCAGUUCAAGUGGAUUGUUCGGAACAAACUUCUCCAAAAAGUAAAACUUGUAUGGAAUUACUUGAAAAUACAGAAUUGAUGGUAAAGGUCACUGCGGAAAGACAAAAGUUAUUAUGUGAUCAUAUGACUGUUACAAGCUCAAUGACAGACACAAUUAGUCAACCUCCCACGUCUGAUUUACAGAAUACUGUGCAAAGACAAUUUUGUGAAAAUAAUUUGGAAAUGAUAACGAGUGGCAAAGUUAAAUCCCCAAACCCAGACCAAACCAUGGUCACAAACUUUGCUACUGUAAAUUUACCAUCAACCCUUCAAACGUCUGAUUCAAACAUUCCAGAGCAAAGCUCAGAUACUAAUAAAGAAACAUUGGUGUGCAAACAUCUUGCUAUAAUGCAGCAUAUACAAGAUAAUCAGGAUCAGGGUGAUGGUUUGUUUGAGGGUUUAGGUCAAAAGAGAUUUACGGAUGGUAGUUUAACUUCUCCCGAUGAGUCACAUGGAAAAAUUUACAUGGAAAUGGAAAUGUGGCAUGACUGCCCCUCAAAACUUCAAACCAUUCAUGAAGGGUCUACACCAGAAUCAGGAGAUGAUGUUACUGCUCUUGUUACAGUAGAAAUGCCAGGAUGUCAAACAUCUGAGUUGGAAGGUCAUAGUAAUGGUGAGCAUUUGGCAAGUGAAACUGUAUCUGUUGACGAUCAAAGCUCAAGACCUUUCUCCAAAACUGCAGAAUACCAAAUGAUAAAUGAAACGCUUGCUAGUAGUGAUGGGAUCAAGACAGAGUCUGACACAAAGAGAGGAGAAUGUCAACAUGGGGAACAUCAAACAAAACCAAAUCCAUCUAAAGAUCCUGAAAUUACAUCAAAAGCUGAGAGUUCCCAUGUCAAACUUCGUUCAAGAAAGUCCUCACGGGAAGAGAGAGAGAAAGAGAGGUCACAUUUGGACUCCAUGGUUCUUUUAUUAAUGAAGUUGGAUCAACUGGACCAGGAGAUUGAGAAUGCUCUUAGCCUCACCCCCUCCCUCAAUGGCACGCCCAACCUCAAAAGGCGCAUCAUCUCUGAAGUUGAUAUAGAAAUACUGGAUUCAGCUGGAAGUCUUUCGGCCUCUUCCCAGUCUUUAAACACUCCAAUAUAUCGCUCUUCAUCAUCACUGUCUUCAUCAGGACCUUCAGGAAUAUCCGGGGCAAGACCAAAGAAUGAGAUCUCUGCCGUUUCUUUUGAGAAAAGCGGAGCAGAAAUUGAAGCAACGGAGGCGUGUACAUGGCUGAAAGCUGCAGGUUUUCCACAGUAUGCCCAGCUGUAUGAAGAUGGUCAGUUCCCUAUUGAUAUUUCCUCUGUGACCAGAGAUCAUGACUUUCUGGAUCAAGAUGCCAUAGAAGCUUUGUGCAGGCGACUCAACAACCUCAACAAGUGCGCUCUUAUGAGAUUAGAGAUCACUCCUCAGAGAAAGAGGAGUGAGGAUUCUGAUGAGGAUGAGCCAUGUGCCAUAAGUGGCCGUUGGACUUUCCAGCGGGACAGCAAGCGUUGGUCCCGCCUAGACCAGCUGGACCUGGAUGUGUUCUCUCCUCCGGCUGGAGACAAAAGCUCCUUCACUACCUUCCUAUCCCAAGAUGAACGUUUUACCAGAGGACCCCUUCUAAAAGAGGGAGUUAAUGUCAGUUCUGAGAGCGUCUUAACAGACCUUAGUGAACAGCCAGAGGUGGGUUCUCUGCACAGUGCUGGUAGUGGAAGUCGAGAAGGAUCUUUGAGUACCACUGUACCAUCCAGCCCUGCCACGACCAUCUCUAAUGCUAACACAGCCACCACAACAAGGGCAAGCUCAGUUGCUAGCGUAUGUUCCUCUGGGACUUCAGGUGCCAACGAAGACUCCCUGUCUGAUGGGCUGCCUUCUCCAUUGGAUCGUGGUACCUUUGCGUUUGAGUUAAAACCCACCUUGAUAACUAGUGCCGCUGAAAAAAGCACACGUUCAAGAGCAAAAAGCUUCUUGAAGCGCAUGGAAAGCUUGCGGCUACGCAGCAGCAGCAAUGCGGCAUCCAAACGCAAGAAGAAAAGUCCAGCUGGACAAGGUAGGCUGGAGAUCAGUGGGCCAGUGCCGAAGGAGGGUCUUGAUGAUGACAAACUGCGGCGCCUUAACUGCGUCGACAUCGCAACUCUGGAUCGCAAUGGUAACCGAACCAGAAGCAUCUCCUAUUCAACACAGACAAGUAGCGGGAGUGCAGGGAGUAGCCAGUCAGAGGCCAGCAGUGGGAGUGCUGUAAGUACACCCAGUCCCGUCUCAAGAGCACGUAGUCAUAGCACGGCAGCUGGGUCUACAAAAAGAGGUGGAAUGUACUUGGAAGGCUUUGACCCAUUUAAUUUUGUUGUGUUGCAACGUUCUGAAGACCAGGAUGAGAAGCAGCACCACCACAGUAAAAGGUUGGAACCCAGCACAACUGCAGAGAAUAACCGGCACAACCGUGAGAGGUUGGACAAUAGACGAAUUAAAGACGAGGACAGUAGGGUAGAUGAAGGAGGUGUGAUCUUCUUCUAUUUGCCUGAAGGCCACAAACCUGGCACUUUUCCUAAAGCACUUGCAGAUGGGGCAUCUUAUUGUAGUGGUGAUAGCAUAUGUCGUCGUCCACCACCACAGAGGGGCUCUGUUGCCUCAGUAGACAGUCGAUUGAGCAUCUAUGACAAUGUUCCUUUCUCAGAAGUGGGAGAUGAGGAGGAGGAAGGAGAAGAAGAGCCAAAACUGGAUGAUGUGUUAGAGCGGGUCAGUGGCCUUCAAGAAUUGGUAAAUGCCUGGUCAGAAACCGGAACUGGUGAAGAGGAGGAAGACGAAGAGGAAGAAGAAGGGGAUUCAGAUUCAGCCCUUGAUUCUGCAUCUCCCUGUCCAUCAUCCCCACUGCAGAACCACUUAGAAGAGAACUGCAGCGAUCAAGACAGCACUGGAAGCCCACUAACAGAAAGGGACGAGACACUCAGUGGACGCGAGAGAUGUGAUUCUGGUGUGGGAGCAUCACUUACACGAACCAACAGACCUCAGAAGCUGCGCUGGCCAAGUUUCCAAACCUCCCACAGGCCAAGUCUGUCGUCAACAGUGUUACAAGUUGGAUGUCAGUCAGUUCUGCAGAUGAACCUCCUUCAGAAAUACAGCCUGCUCAAACUUACUGCUCUACUAGAGAGAUACACACCCACCAACAAACACGGCUUCAGCUGGGCUGUCCCUAAAUUCAUGAAGAGGAUCAAGGUUCGAGAUUACAAGGACAGAAAUGUGUUUGGAGUUCCUCUGCAGGUGAUAGUUCAGAGGAGCGGACAGCCCCUGCCCCUGAGUAUCCAGCAAGCCAUGCGUUACCUACGGAGCCAAUGCCUUGACCAGGUUGGGCUCUUCAGAAAAUCAGGGGUGAAAUCGCGUAUCCAAGCCCUUCGCCAAAUGAACGAAUCAUGCUGCGCCAGUGGGGGCGGAGUCAACUACGAGGGUCAGUCGGCUUACGAUGUGGCCGACAUGCUAAAGCAGUACUUCCGAGACCUUCCAGAGCCCCUGCUUACCAGCAAACUGUCCGAUACCUUCCUGCAGAUAUAUCAAUACGUUCCCAAAGAACAGCGUCUGCAGGCAGUGAGGGCCGCAGUGUUGCUGUUACCCGAUGAGAACCGCGAGGCCCUGCAGACCUUGCUGUGUUUCCUGAGCGACGUGACUGCCUGCGUGGACGAGAACCAGAUGACCUGCACCAACCUGGCCGUGUGUCUGGCUCCUUCUCUCUUCCAUCUCAACACGCUGCGGAGAGAGAGCUCUUCGCCCAGGGUUAUGAACAGAAAAAACACCCUGGGGAAACCCGACCAAAAGGACCUGAAUGAGAACCUGGCGGCCACACAUGGCUUAGCGCACAUGAUACAGGAGUGCAGAAAGCUUUUCCUGAUCCCAGAGGAGAUGUCACGCUGUAGGAACUCUUACAUGGAACAAGGCCUGAGUCCCAUGCGAAUGGAGUCACUCGUGGAAGACUGCGACCCAUGUGACUACAAGCGUCUGCUCAAAGAUGCUAUGGAUGCCCUGCUAAAAGAAGCCAAGGACAAGUUCAAAGGUUACGACACAUGCUCGACUCCUGAAAACGCUGAACUUUCGUAUAAGAAGGUCCAGGACGGGUCUUCUCUGCGGCAGUGGAAGGUAUGCGUUGAUGUGCCCGCAUCGGCGGAAGAUGUCCUUCAACGAAUCCUCCGGGAGCAGGAACGUUGGGAUGAGGACCUGCUUGAGUGCAGGAUAGUAGAGACACUGGAGCAAAAUGUGGAAGUCUAUCAAUACGUCAGGAACUCCAUGGCGCCUCAUCCACCAAGGGAUCACGUGGUGCUCAGGUCUUGGGAAACAGACCUGCCUAAGGGAGGGUGUGCUUUGGUCUGCAUGUCGGUAGAACACGAAAGUGCAGCAAUGUUGGGUGUUCGCGCAAACGUUAUGACCUCUCGCUAUUACAUCGAACCCUGCGGGUCCAGCAAAAGCCGCAUUACGCACAUCUCCAGAACAGACUGCAGGGGUCGCUGCCCUGAAUGGUACAAUAAGCUGUAUGGUCACAUGUGCGCCGCUGAGGUGGUGCGGAUACGAGACUCUUUUACGUGCCUGGACAAAUGAACACACACACCUGGAGUGUGCAUCGUGUCAUUUCUCCUAUCAGCAAACUCUUAUUUUAAAGAGAAACAUCAUGAAGUUUCCCCUUGUUGAACUCCCUCAACAAACAGUCUGAGCCCUAUAAUGUAAUGGCAGACUAAACCUACAAGCUACUCAAAGGUCAAAGGUCGUGCUAUUGUGGUUGCCAUAGCACUCAGGAAAGCGAUCAGGCAUGCGUGAUGCUAUGACAUCAUCACUGACAACGCAAAGUUUGACCUUGUUAAUAAUUAUGUCAUAGCGUGACUGCACGAAAUGGGAGGUGCUAUUGCUUCUGAGAAGCAAGUGUGUGUGUGUGUGUAUGUUUGAAUGACUGCCUAAGUUAGUUAGUUUGUAUGUUAAAGUAAAGUAUGUGUGAUUUACGACGCAUGUGUGAAAAUUGACAAAUGAGACAUAUUCCAUGCACUGGCACCCUGCUGCAAUCUAGUGUUUAUAUCUGUUUCUGUGUGUUUGUGUGUAAGUGGUAUUGUGAAUGCAAAGCGACAUUUUGUUUUCAUUCGAGAGAAUGCGCAGAUGAAUGGAUGGACGAAUAGAUGUUCGUCUAUCUAUCUAUAGCAAGGAAAGAUGGCGGUGGCUGGGACACCUUUGAAGAGAGCAAGAAGUGUGUGUGAUAGAGGAAAAGACUUGUGCAAGUAGAUACUGUUUAACAGCUUGGAGGGUUCCAAACCAAAGCGAAGACCAAUACAACAAUGGACCAAUUCUUCAAUGUAGCCCACUUUAAAUCUUAACCAUGUUUCCGUCUUCAUCCCUGAAAAGAGCGAAAAGUUGAGCAAUGAGAAAAUGGCUUUUUUGUUUGGAGGUUACAGGUUUGACUACAGGAGAGGCCACCAGGCACAGCAAUUUAGUCAAACUAGAAAUGGUAGAGAAUGUAUGAUGUUUGUUUGUUUGUCAGUGUUAAUCAGAAAUGAAGUAAACGUCUAUAAUAGAGUAACAAAGAGCUUGCAUUCACACUCAUAACUAUAGCCGGGCUCACAAAGCAGAUUAUAACAGAAGUGCUUCAUUUUACACUGAACGCAUUCAUAAGAAACACUCUUUGUCUGAUCUAGAAUCAGUUUUAGAGAUGCUGCUUCCUGACCAGUGUGUUCAGUAAAACGCAACACUUCUUCACGAUGUGCUUAAUGGGUUUGACGUCCAUACUAGAUUUACUACUUAUGUGCCUGUAUGUGGCAGUGUAUUACAAAUGUGUAAAUUGCGUAUGCUGCCAAACCAAGAAUAACGCAUGACAAUGAGUUUAAUUUAAGCCUCUCUGUAUUUAUAUCACUCAUAUCAUGUUUUUGUAUGUAUCUUAUUUUAUUGUAAAUGUUACACUUUAAGUUACAGAAAUGAGAAAAUCGUUUAUCUUUUUUAUUAAUGUUAUUUCUGUACAGAUUAAUCGUGGUCAAAAUGCACUAUUAAAUGUAUUAAAACAA